UACUGUACGACGCUUCCGUCUCGGGUCGAGUCAAAUCUUUCGGUUUCUCGGCUCCUUUUAUGCUUCACUGUGAAACAUGGAGAACCGCUCGAUUUCGAAGAAAAGGAAGUUCGUGGGUGAUGGUGUUUUCAGGGCCGAACUCAACGAGUUCUUGACUCGUGAGCUCGCCGAGGAUGGCUACUCUGGCGUGGAAGUCCGUGUGACGCCAAACCGGACAGAAAUCAUAUUGUUGGCCACGCAUACGCAAAGCGUGCUCGGUGAGAAGGGACGCAGAAUCAGGGAAUUGACAUCUGUGGUACAAAAGCGUUUUAACUUCAAAGAACCGCAGAAUGUCGAGCUGUAUGCGGAAAAGGUCGCCGUCCGUGGAUUAUGCGCCAUUGCACAGGCAGAGUCGCUUCGGUAUAAGCUCAUUGGAGGUCUGGCUGUACGAAGGGCGUGUUACGGAGUUCUUCGUUUUAUCAUGGAAUCAGGCGCCAAAGGCUGCGAAGUAGUUGUGAGCGGCAAAUUACGUGGUCAGAGAGCGAAGUCGAUGAAAUUCGUGGAUGGUCUGAUGAUCCAUUCCGGUGAACCGACCAAUGAAUACGUGAACACUGCGACUCGUCAUGUAUUAUUACGGCAAGGCGUACUCGGAAUCAAAGUGAAAAUAAUGCUUCCGUGGGAUCCCGUCGGCAAGACCGGUCCGAAGAAGCCUCUUCCCGACUAUGUGUCUAUCGCUGAACCUAAGGAUGAGAUUCCUCCAAUGCAGCCGAAUUCCGAGGUGAAGCCGUCGAAAGAUAUGCCUCAACCUACCCCUCUCGCUGUGUAAUGACAUUUGAAUAAUAAAUAAAUACAGAAAACCAGA